AUGGACAUCCUACAUAGAGUCAUCCUGCUCCUCUUGCUGCCAAUUAGCUUCGCUAUUGCCCAAAAUGCUUCUACAGAAGGAGUACAAGAAUUCCAUGUUGGGGUUAUCCUUGACUUGGGAUCCAUGGUUGGUAAAAUAGCACGGACCAGCAUUUCAUUGGCUAUGGAGGACUUCUAUGAUGUUCAUCAGAACUAUAGCACCAAGAUAGUCCUCCAUAUCAGGGAUUCCAUGAGCGAUGACGUCCAAGCUGCGUCUGAAGCUAUUAACCUGCUGGAAAAUUACAAUGUAGACGCCAUAAUCGGUCCUCAGAAAUCUUCACAAGCUAUAUUUAUCUCAAAACUUGGAAAUAUAACUCAUGUCCCAGUCAUAUCCUUCACGGCAACAAACCCAUCUCUAUCAUCUAGAAUUCUUCCAUAUUUUGUGCGUGCAACAACAAAUGACUCGGCACAGGUGAAUUGCAUUGCCUCCAUAGUUAAAACCUAUGGAUGGAGAGAGGUGGUGCCUAUUUACGAAGACACGGACUAUGGUAGAGGUAUCAUACCAUAUCUUGUUGAUGCCCUACAUGAAGUCGAUGCCCGAAUUCCCUACCGAAGUGUGAUCCCUCUGUCAGCAACUAGUGAAGAAAUUACUCUAGAACUAUAUAAGUUGAUGACAAUGGAAACAAAAGUAUUUGUUGUACAUAUGUCAGUUACCUUGGCCUCCAUCUUCUUCAUAAAGGCAAAAGAAGUAGGGAUGAUGAACAAAGGACAUGCAUGGAUCAUGACAGAUGGAGUAACCAAUCUAAUAGAUUCACUUGAUCCUUCUGUCCUAGAAUCGUUGAGUGGUGCCUUAGGUGUUGAGUUUUAUGUUCCCAAAUCAAGGGAACUUGAUGACUUCACCAUGAGAUGGAAUAGGAGGUUUCAAAUUGAGAACCCAACCGAUCCACCAUUGAGAUUGAGCAUCUUCGGACUGUGGGGCUAUGAUACAAUCUGGGCAGUAGCCCAAGCUGCAGCAGAAGUUGGACAUGCAAACAACACGUUUCAAAAACCAGGUGUUGAAAGAAAUUCAACAAGCUUGGAAACCUUGGAAACAUCUAGUGAUGGUCCAAAACUGUUGCAAGCAAUCCUGAAGAAUAAAUUUAGAGGUCUCAGUGGCAAUUUUAACCUUUCAAAUAGGCAACUGCAAAUUUUGAGAUUCCGAAUAAUAAAUGUAGUAGGGAACGGAUGGAGAGAAAUUGGAUUCUGGACUGCAGAAAAUGGAAUCUCGCGGCAAUUAAAUAAAAGCACCAGACCGACAACGACACAUUUGGGUUCAGUACAUGAUCUAAACCCUGUGAUAUGGCCAGGAGAGUCCAUAGAAGUACCCCGGGGUUAUCAGAUUCCUGUAAGUGGGAAGAAACUUCAAGUUGGUGUGUGCACAAGUGGAUAUCCAGAAUUUGUAAAGGUUGAAAAGGAUCAUUUCACAGGUGAAACUAAAGCAAUCGGUCUUUCAGUCGAUGUAUUUGAAGAGGCAGUUAAGAGACUUCCUUAUGCACUCCCUUAUGAAUAUGUACAAUUCAAUACCAAGAAUGACGGAAGUACCGAAGAUUACAAUGAUUUUGUCUACCAAGUUUAUCUUAAGAUAUACGAUAUAGUAAUUGGAGAUAUAACAAUACGGUAUAACCGAACAUUGUACGCUGACUUCACCCUGCCAUACACAGAAUCGGGAAUAGCAAUGGUUGUUCCAGUCAGGGAUAGCAGAAACAAGAAUACAUGGAUUUUUUUGAAGCCACUAGCACCUGGCAUGUGGUUUGGAAGCAUUGUAUUCUUUAUCUACACCGGUGUGGUUGUAUUACUUUUGGAAUUUCUAGGCAAUAACGAGAAUGUCCGUGGGCCAAUUCCCAGACAGUUGGGGAUUAUGAUCUUUUUCUCCAUAUUUGAAGAGAAAGAGCUUGUGCAACGCUUUCUGUCCCGGAUAGUUUUGAUCAUUUGGCUGGUUUUCCUGAUGGUACUUACAUCAAGUUACACUGCGAACUUGACAUCAAUGCUAACCGUACAACAGCUUCAGCCAACUGUGACAGAUGUGCAAGAACUCCUAAAAGGUGGAGAAAAUGUAGGAUAUCAUCGUGGUUCGUACGUCAAGGGACUUUUAGAAGAACUCGGUUUUGACAGGUCGAAGAUCAAGCCCUAUGAUUCCCCUGAUGAUUUUCACAAUGCACUUUCCAGAGGAAGCAACAACGGCGGUAUUGCUGCCCUUGUGCAUGAGGUUCCAUACAUUAAACUAUUUCUGGCGAACCACUGCAAAGGGUACACCAUGGUGGGGCCAAUUUACAAGGCUGCCGGUUUUGGAUAUGCAUUAUCAAAGGGAAGUCCCUUACUUGGUGACAUUUCAAAGGCAAUACUCAAUGUAACAGGGGGAGAUACUAUGAUUCAAAUUCAGAAAACAUGGAUUGGAGAUCAAAACAACUGCCAGAAUGUGGGCCCUGUCACUGGUUCAGGUAGACUCACCUUUGCCAACUUCAGAGGACUAUUCAUCCUGACUGGAGUUGCUUCAACUUCUUCCCUUUUGAUAGCACUAGUAAUUUUUUUCUACAAAAAGAAGAAGUCAACAGAGAACACAUUAGACCAUUUGAAUCGACCAGAAGACAGUGGAACAGGUGACGAAAGCAGUGAGUAUCAAGAAGGAAAUCAAGGAGGAAGAACUGAAGAAAAUGCACAGUUACCGGGCAGAGUGGAAAAUGGGCUAGAAGAACAAACCAGUUUAGAACUGGUAUCUGAUACAGAGUAA